AUGCCUCAAGGAAAGCAAUCAUCGGGUGGUGGUCUUACCAAUGUGUACCUUCUCGCAUACAAUGGUGCCAGUUUCUUUGGCUGGUUCAUGAUCCUCUUCACUACCGUCUCUUGCCUCAUUAACAACAACGGCGACUACACCAAAGUCCAUUCACUCGUAUGGCCCUGGUUGCAAGUUGUGCAGACAACUGCUAUUAUGGAGGUGAUUCACUCGUUGGUUGGCUUUGUACGUGCUCCUGUUACUACCACCGCAAUGCAAGUCGCUUCUCGUCUUUUCCUUGUAUGGGGUGUCAACUACAUGUUCCCUGCUAUCGGCACUCACGUAUCAUUCAGCACCAUGAUGAUUGCUUGGUCCAUUGCUGAAUGCGUUCGUUACUCUUACUAUGCCACCAACUUGCUUGGAUCCGUUCCUGGUUUCCUCAACUGGGCCCGUUACAACUUGUUCUUUGUGCUCUAUCCUAUGGGUGUCGGCUCCGAACUCACUAUGGUCUACCAAUCAUUGCCCUAUGCUCAAGAAUGGAACCCACUUUACUUUUACUUUUUGAUUGGAACAUCAUUGGUUUAUCUUCCUGGUUUCCCCGUCUUGUUUUUGCAUAUGGUGUCUCAGCGUAGAAAGUAUAUGAAGAGUAGUCAGGAAAAGAAGCGCCAGUAA